AUGCACCGCGGGCCGCCCCGCGCCGCGCUCCGCCUGUGGCUGGGCUGCGUCUGCCUCGCGCUGGUGCAGGCGGACAGCCCCUCGGCCCCAGUGAACGUCACUGUCAGGCACCUCAAGGCCAACUCUGCGGUGGUAAGCUGGGACGUCUUGGAGGACGAGGUUGUCAUCGGAUUUGCCAUCUCUCAGCAGAAGAAGGACGUGCGGAUGCUGCGCUUCAUCCAGGAGGUGAACACCACCACCCGCUCGUGCGCGCUCUGGGACCUGGAGGAGGACACGGAGUACAUUGUGCACGUGCAGGCCAUAUCCAUCCAGGGUCAGAGUCCGGCCAGUGAGCCCGUGCUCUUCAAGACACCACGCGAGGCUGAGAAGAUGGCCUCGAAGAACAAAGAUGAGGUGACCAUGAAGGAGAUGGGGAGGAACCAACAGCUGCGGACGGGCGAGGUGCUGAUCAUCGUCGUGGUCCUGUUCAUGUGGGCUGGCGUCAUCGCCCUCUUCUGCCGCCAGUAUGACAUCAUCAAGGACAACGAACCUAACAACAACAAGGAAAAAACCAAAAGUGCAUCAGAAACCAGCACACCAGAGCACCAAGGCGGGGGGCUUCUCCGUAGCAAGUUUCCAAACAAGCCCUCGGUGAACAUCAUCGAAGCGUGACUGCCUAUCUGCAGGAAGAAGGAUUUUAUUUUUCUUCUCUGCCAGUCCCCGGGUCCAUGGGCUCAGGGAGAGAGGGGGCUGCCGAGGUCGGAGAGGGGGAGGCCCCGCUAGCUGCACAGUCUCCCUCUGCAUUCCCAUCCUGGUCUGGUGACGAAGGCUAAACUACAAACCCCAAUUCUGCAAAAAAUAAAACAAGCCACCAAACUAAAAGGCCUGGCCCCAUUCUGGAAAAGGCAAAGCUGCAUGAGACACAGCCUUCUUUCUGCCUCCUCGCCUCUCCUGGACUGGCCUCCUCUCUGAGAAAAUGCACAAAGCUCCUGGGAGCUGACACGCACCUGGACUGACAGAAGCUGUGUCUUUCAGGGAAGCUGUGGGGCUGCCUGCUGGGCAGAGUCCUGGCUGCCAUCAAGCCUUCGCUGGAUCCAGCCAUCAACGACUUGUUUGUGGUGUGAUGCACAACUGAUGUUUUCUGUUCUGUCUCUUUUGGAAAACACAAUCGAAGGGCUUCACUCCAGAGGGCAGAGGGAUUCCCUGACUGGUGGCCUGUAUCCUGUACCUUCUUUGACCCUUGUUUUUGACUGUAAGGUCAUCAGUCUGGGGUCUGAAGAAGACAGAAUGGGAAAGAGACCUUUGAAGGUAUGGGCUCCAUUUUUUUAGAAAAAAAAAAAUAUCUCUUGGAGUUGCAACAGUGUUGGCUUGCACAAGUGAAAAGAUAAGUCCACAUGAGAUACCCUGAGGGCUGCUCAUCACUCCCUCUGGGUUGGACUCUGCUGGAAGGCAGGCCCAAGCCAUUCACCAUGGACAGUCAGCAGUCCUGGCCUCUGGGGUCUCCAUAUCUUGCCAUCUCAUCCAGGGUUCUGCGAAAGCUCCCCAGGGUCCUCAUGUCCUUCCCUAGAGCCUGAGUGGUGUGAGGUGACGGGUCCCUCCCUCCACUGCCUCUUUCUGGUUUAAAACAUAAAUGGUGCUUGCUAAGGGAGGGCAGAGCCUUCCCUGGGACUGACAAGUUUCGGCUGCAGAGUGUCUGCGUGGGAAGAGACGGACCUCUGCGUCUUCCGGCUGUGACUGAGGACGAGUGCGUGGGAGACCGCGCCUGGCACAAGCCUGGCACUCCAUGGGCGCCCAGUGCAUACCUGUUGAACUGAAUGAUAAGAGCAAUGGCCCCCAAGCCAGAGAGCUGAAAGCCAUUACCCAGUGACCGCCCCUUCCUUCCGGUCUACAAGAGCUCUGGUGGCUGGGGCAGCCGCCACUCUGCUUUGCCCAAGUGUGGAGCACGGAGGGAGGAGACACAGGGUAAAACGCAGAUGUCGGCAACACUAAGGGCUUCCUCAUGGGAGGGCAUGAGGCUCCACUCAUUGUCUUGUGACUUCCAUCCCUGCUGAAUGGGGCUGCAAGGCCAAGGCUCCUUAGGGCAGAGGUCCUUACCUCUGAUCCAGUUAGAGCAAUAACCACUUUUUAAAUGUAAAAUAAAAAGACAAAUGAAAAGGCA